UCCCUGGGCCCAGGAAACAGAAAGCCAAGCCCGUGGACCACAGGGCUCUCGCUGGGACAAAGCCCUGAUGGGAGUCUUCCUUAUGUAUGCGGGUGUAGGGAGAAGGAGAGGGGUUUUGAGCCUAGAGUCCCUGGGAUCCCCCAUAGGCCAAUUUCUGCCGGGGCCUGAGCCAUGUACCAGCCUAGGGGAAAGUAGACCCUGGAGAGGCCCCAGGGCGGGGAAAGAGGGAGCGGUGGCGGGGAGCUGGGGGCAGACGGGAGAUUUGUGAGUCGCCCCUCCCCUCCCCACAGGGAUCCCGGGCAACCACACAGCUGCCCCUAACUCCGACUUAAUUGGCCCUGCGAGCUCCGAAUUGAAGAGAGGCCAACUCCCAAACAAAGACGCGGCCCAACUCGGGGCUUCUGGGCGAGGCCUCCCGGCUGGGAGGAACGGAGCCUGGGAAUCGGAGGGGGGCGAGCCGAGAGGGUGGGCGCUCGGGAAGCGGGGCGGGGCGGAGCGGCAGGAAGUGCCUGGGUGCUGGGCUGGAGCCGGGCGGCCCGCACCCCGACCCUGUCCCACUGGGAGGGCCCGGAGCGCUGCCGCGCCUCCCGAGGCUCCGGCUCCCGUCGCUGCGUGCGGAAACCCCGCGACCCGCGGCUGGGCCCAGCAACCAUGGCCCAUUACAAGGCAGAGCAGGAUGACUGGCUGAUUGUUUACCUGAAGUAUUUACUCUUCGUCUUUAACUUCUUCUUCUGGGUGGGCGGGGCGGCCGUCAUGGCCGUGGGCGUCUGGACCCUGGUAGAGAAGAGCGGCUACCUCAGCGUCCUGGCCUCCAGCACCUUCGCUGCAUCCGCCUACAUCCUCAUCUUCGCCGGGGCUCUGGUUAUGGUGACAGGCUUCCUGGGCUUCGGCGCCGUCAUCCGGGAGGACAGGAGCUGCCUCUCCACGUAUUUCUGCCUGUUGCUGGUGAUCUUCCUGGUUGAGCUGGUGGCGGGGGUCCUGGCCCACCUGUACUACCAGAGGCUCAGUGACGAACUAAAGCAGCACCUGGCCCGGACUCUGGCCGAGAACUACAGGCAGCCCGGAGCCGCGGACAUCACAACGUCCGUAGACCGUCUCCAGCAGGACUUCAAGUGCUGUGGGAGUAACAGCUCUGCCGACUGGCAGCACAGCGCCUACAUCCUGUCUCAGGAGGCCGAGGGCCGCCGGGUGCCGGAUAGCUGCUGCAAGACGGUGGUGACCCGCUGUGGCCAGCGGGCCCAUCCCUCCAACAUCUACAAGGUGGAGGGCGGCUGCAUCACGAAGCUAGAACAGUUCCUGGCUGACCACCUGCUGCUCAUGGGGGCGGUGGGCAUCGGGGUGGCCUGUCUGCAGAAAAGAUGAAGGAAAAUGCCCGGGGGCCCCGGGGGCCCUCUUGAACUUAAAAGAGACCUGGGAGGAGAGUGAGUGCGUGUGAGCUCAGGUAUGUGCCUGCACCGUGUGUGUGCACGUGGGCGUGUAUGCAUAGCCUGCUGGGGUGUGUGUGGGCCGCGGGCUGUCUGCAUGCAUCUCAGCGUAUGUGGGGUUGUAUGCAUGGGUAUGUGUAUAGGUGUGCUUGUGCACGUGUGUGUAUGUGCAUGUACAUGCACUCGUCCCUGUGUGUGUGUGCACAUGGAUGUGUGCUAAUGGAUGUGUGCUCCCUGUGCACACCCAGGUCUCCGCUCUGAGCUAGGCCUUCUGCUGUUUCGGGGCUCCAUCUGGCCCCCCGCUAACCCCCAGGAUGUCAGUGGUGCUCUCCCAGUGGCUCCAGUCCAGGGUCCAUAGAGGGGAGUCAGGAGGGGCACCCUGGGGUGGCAGAUACAGGCGGCAAGGGCCCAGCGGGUGCUAGAGGGAGUUCCAGCCUGCCCGGCCCUUCCUGCUCCUUGGACCACAGGCACUGACCAGGGGACGGGUGAGAGCAGUGGCCGGGGCAUCAGAGGCCCUGGGGCCAACCCUGCCUCUGGUCCUGUGCCCCUCAGAGCCCUUACAUCCCUGCCCCACCACGGCUUCCUCCACAAAAUGGGGAUCAUAUCCCCAACACAUAAGGUCUAGAUCAGAAUGAGGUGAUGAAUGUGACCCACUCUCUGUGCCCGGCACACGUGAAGGCCUCCCCGUAAGUGCACGUGGCUAUUGUCCAGCUAUCUGCAGACCUCAGAGCGGUCUCAGGUACUUUCUGUCAUCGGAUCUCCACCGCAUCCUGAGACCCCGCACCCAGCGAGUGUCCGCAUUCUCCCAUUUUACAGAUCAAAAAGUUGAGACCCAGAAAAAAAACUUCCCGAGGGUGUCACAUCCUGAACAGGCACCCAGGUCUCCUGGCUCUUGGUCUUUUGCUUUCCCCAGCUCCUUCCAGCCCCUCCCCCACCCCGCCCCAGCAGAGAGUUCCAUGGAAAGCAAAGCCGGGGCUGUAGGGCAUGGAGAACCUGCGAGGGUGGGGCUCCUCCCAGAUCACCGCGUGGCCUAGCCACGUCUGCCUGUGCGCCCGGGGGAUCUAGCAGCAGCCUCGCCCCUGGGGCUCUACCCGCUGGAGGGGGGGCACCCGGCAACCUCGGGCUGGUUAUUCCAUCUCUGGGCCUCAGGUCCUCGUUUGUAAAAUGGGGCUAAUUAUCCCUAGUUUGGUGAGAGGAUUAGCAAUAUAUAUGUAAAUCACUUGGCUCAUCGCUGAGCAGAUAGCAGGUGUUCAAUAAAUGGUAUCCAUCAUUAUUUGAUUCAUUUCCACAUGGGCACAUUGUCUCUCGAAAAAGCCUUCUCAGAAAGUUGUUUCCUGCCCCUCCACCCCCACUGGUUCGCAGGCAGGCCAGGAGCCCCGGGGGGACAUCAGACGCCCCCUCUCUGCACUUCCCUAGCACAGGCCUUCUGAGCUGGGCAGUUGCCACCGGGGCCUGAGGAAGGGCUGCUGUGUGCUCCAGCCCCUGGGUCCACUGGAGUUUCCAGAAACCUGCUGUCUGCUCCAGGUGUAUGGACCUGUGCAGCGUGAACACUGACCAGGCCAGGACCACAUUCUCCACCCCUUUCUUCCAGACCUCUCUGGCCUUGGGAGCCUGUAGAAGCUGAGGACAGGGCCAGUGAGGCCGGGGUCAGGGAGGGAUCUGCCAGUACCCCAAGCCUAAGGUCAAGGUGAAACAAGGGGGGAGGCAGAUGCUGCCCAGGGGACCAUCUUGUCGGGCAGGCUGCCGCGGGCCUGCAGAGGCUUCCUCCUCACACACACACACACCCAUGGAAUCUCGGUCCCCCUCAGCUCGCUGUCCCUCAGAAGGAGCUUCCUCUGGCCUCCGCUGUGGACCCCACCGUUGUCCAGCCUCUCCCCUCCUUUGGGCUCCUGCUGGAGCUCCGGCAGCUAAGCCUCGGUCACAGCGCCCUCUGCUGGCCGAUGCUGGAACUAAGCUCCCCAAGCCCAGGUUGGCCGCCAGCCGGGAGGAAGGGCUCAGGCCUGGCCUGCGCCCGGGCUCCCAGUCUUCAUGCAUCAGAGCAGGCGCCAGGCGCCUUCCCCAACCAUGCCCCCAGCCUGGUCCUUCCAAGACCCCCAAGGCUCAAGAGAUAAGGCGGUGUCCUGCUUCCCUAGUCUCCAGGACCAGAGGAGACCUUGCUAUGAAGUCAGAGGGCCUCCCCUCUUAGUAUGUGACCUUGAGGAAGUCACAUUCCCUCUCUGAGCCUCAGGUUCCUUUCCUAUAAAACGGAGGAGGUGGACUUUUUCAAGCCUUCUGUGAAGAGGCAGUCUUUCCUGACCUGCCUAGGUGAGACAUGGGGAGGAGCUGCUCGGGUUGAAGCAGGGGUUGGGCUCUAAGGUUCCAUGAUUUCAGGUAAGGAUGCCACCUCAGUGAGACUCAUGUGCUGCAGUUAUUCUAGAAGGUCAAAGCACGUCUUGUAAAUGGUGUGAAUGCCAAUCAGAAAACGCGACUGUUUGGGGUUUGGCCACGAGUGUCUUGUGGCCCCGUGGUUGUGUGGACCAGACACUAAUACUGGUGGCAGGCUGGAGGGACAGAGGAUCUCCACAGAGCCUCUGUGGCCGCAGGCUUCAACCUUGGCUGCAUAAGGAGGCCACCUGGCAAGCUUUAGAACUGGCCAGGCUACACCGCAGCACCAUCAAAUCACACCGUCUGGGGCUUUGGCACCCAGACACCAGCAUCCUGUAAAGCUCCCUGGUGGGUUCCGUGUGCACCCAGGCUGAGAACACUGGCCCAUGUGAGUGACAGGAGCCACGGAGCAUCUGGAAGUCAGACGUGGGAGAGGUCAGGCGCCAGGAGAAGAUGGCACCAUCACUGAAGUCCUUAAGCACCUGAAGGCAGAUGGGGGGCGGGGGGAGCAAGGAGACGUUCCCAGGAGGGACCAGAGGACAGACAGGAGCCACGGGUAGAAUUUACAAGGAGACAGAGAGGAGAAUUUUUUAACACUGAGAAUUUUCUAGCAGCAGUCCCUGCGGAACACAAAGCUGUGUGUGGCUGCAGGUGCAGCAAAGCCGGGGGUCUGGCCAGGACACUGCAGCGGGGCGCCCUGUCCUUGGUAGGCAGCUCAUCCCUCCCACGCUGCAGCCAGACGUUCUGGGCAUGCACCUGUUACUUCCAGCAAGACCCUGCAGGGCCCCUCUGUCCACCCCAGGCAUCGGAUUCACGACUCAGGAUUUUCAGACUAGAAAGGGAUAACUGGGGCCUUGAGGUGCCUCCAAAUCAGACUUUUCCUUCUAGGAGGUGCAGCGAGCCCUGGUCGUAUGGGAUCAGGCUCAGACUGUCUGGGAUGAGGCAGAGAACGCUGGGCCCACCCUGUUCCUAUGCCUCUGAAGACACCAAGCCCCAUGGUGUGCUUACUGGCUCACAGCCACACAGCCGCCAGCUUCCCUUAUGGGCAGACUACUCUGGCAGGGAAACUUCUGCCCUGAAAGGAUGUAGUGGCUCAGCUCCCUUUCCUACCGCCCUGCUCACACACACACUCUGGAAGCCUCCAUGCAGAGGCUGAAGGGAGAGCUACUCUGCGCCCGGUGCCGGGCCCACAAGAGGGCAGGAUGUGUCCCCUUCUCCCAGCAAGCUUUCACUCUAGGGAGAGGACACACAGAACAUGGGUUGUCGCCUGCAGUCAGGGGUGCUGUGCAAGUGUGAGACUUGGUGUUUGGGGGAGCUCAUAGGAGGCUAUAACCUGUCAUGGGCAGUCAAGGAAGGCUUCCUGGAGGAAGUGAUAGUUAAUUAAAUCUUGAAGGAGUCUGACAGGAAGAAUCAAGAGGGGGAAGAGUGGUAGCGUGAGGGAAUUGGAUUUAUAAAGCCCUGCUGGCUGCUGUGGGGGAAGAGCUUUAUCCUGAGGGCUCAGGAGAGCCACUUUCUGGCCUCUCAGAGGCUCAGGGUGUGGGAGGGGAACCGUGAUGUUGUUCCUAUCAUCCUCGUUUUUAAAGAAUCUCUCCAGGGUAGGCUGCCAACCAGUGAAUAGUCUGGAGGCUUUCCUAUUGAUAAAGGGAGCUUUGAUGCUCAGAGAGGGAUAUAACUGUGCCCAAGGUCCCACAGCCCCAAAGAGAAUCUACCCUACUCCCACCCCGAGGUUCCAGACUGGAACAUGUCACAGAGCCAGGAAAAUUCACAAGACAGCCAUCAUUGGGGUCUGCAAGUCAUUAAAAGGAAAACUGAAAGAUCAUAUUGGAUUGGCUUCCUGGGACCUCCCUGGCCCUUCCUUGAUGCUCUUGAUAACAAUGAGGUAUUGGCCCAAAAACCUCAAAAGAACCUGAAAGCACACCCCCUCCCUGUUCAAAUGGCCCCAUCAGGGGACAAGUGCUGUACCUAGGCAGGCUGCCAGGAGAGGCCGCCGGGCACCAUGCAGCCCUGCUCCCCCCGGCUGAGUCACAACCCCCCAGCCAGUCCCCACCCUUCCUGCCUCUGCACUCAAUUUGUCCCACAUUUUCUCUGCUCAUCCUGCUGGCCACCUGAAGCCACUGGUGCAGGUUUCUGCAUGUCUUCUCUCGGGAAGGAGACGCUGGGGCUCGCUUAGGGACCAGAGGGCAUCUAGUACUCCUCUGGACGAAUGAGGGUGCUUGUGUGUGUGCACGCGUGUGUUGAUGAGUGCAUCCUUGACCCCUCUGCAUGUGUCGGGGGCUGGGGGGGUGUGGACGCGCACGAUAAGAUUCUGUCCCAUACACCUCCCCGCUCAUGUGCCUUCCCUGGGAGGAAGCUCCACUCCCUCAGGCCCCUGGCACGGACCAUAGACCAUAGAAGAUGUGGCCACAAGUCUGUGCAGGGCCAACUCUUCCCAUAUGGCCUUCCUCUCAGCAAGAACCAGAAAGAUCCAGGUAACCGCACAGAUUAGCCAUCAAAGCACAAGCUGGGGACAGGGAAGAGGGUGUGCCUCACGACACCUGGGUGGCCUGGCUGUGAUGGCCCCUGCCAAAGCCUGUGGGAGAGGAGAUGACCUGGCGGGCCGCCUUCAGCUUGGGGCCCCGAAUCUAGAUGUGGAUCAGCACAGCUCUGAGUGCCGAGUCUGAAAGCUGAAAGCUGUGCUCGCGGGGCCCCACCAUCCUCCCGGGGAAGGAAUGGAGAGUGCGGGAGAAGGGGCGAGAAGCAGCGCUCCUCCUGGGCCCCCUCCUUAAGCCAGCCUUGCAAGGAGGAGCCAGAUGCCUGCGGGCACCUCGGCGGCUCCACCAGCCUCCCCUCCCCCCCACUGGUCAGAGCUCCGGGCGCACCCAGAUGUGCUCUGGCAAGAUCCGGUCAGCAGCAGCUAUUGGAAACAUUUGGGAGCAAUGGGGGCAUGUACCCCGUCUCUAGGGAAGUCCCCCUUUGCCCUCGCACCACAGGAGAGUCACGGGGCUGCCCUCAUGGCGCCUCCGCCCUGUGUGCAGGGAGUCGGGAUCCAAUGGCAUCGCUGCGAUGCACACAGUCAUGGGCCUCCACCGUCAUGGGCCGUCAUGGGCCUCCUGGGUCUGACACAGCCCCAGCUUCUUGUCCUGCAUUUUAGAGAUCAGCAAAGUAAGGCCCUGCAGGGGGAUGGUGACUUUCCUGGACUAUCCUGCUUUGGGCAGGACGCUCUCAUGCCUCCUUGUUCAGCUAGUGGAUGUGACCAGGGGCUGGCGUGGGCCGCGUUGCAAGCUGACUUCCAGGGUGAGUUGGUGACAGCUCUGGAGGUCCCUCUGUUUCCCCUGUGGCUUUUGUACAUCAGAGAUUUGACUACGAACCUUAGUUCUGCCCUGGAGUCUGAGAGCAGCACGACACAGACAGAAUUUGUCCUGGAGAAGAGCAGCUUCAGACAGCCGUGAGGAGCGGAACGAAGACCCUGCAGGAUCUAGUUAAAUUAGACCAUCUCUGGUGGCCGCAAACCCGUAGGGGACGGCUUGUUAGAAAUGCAGAAUCUCCCGGCCCUACCCCAGGCCUCCCGAGUUGGAAUCUGCCCUUUGUCAAGGUCCCCACGUGUGCACCCGAGUGGGACCAGCCUGCCCCAGGGCGGUCCGGGGACAGCAGCUUCCUGGGCUUCUGACUUCUCUCUGCCCCUCUGCUUUCUC